CCAAAAUCUUCUUCUCACCCUCCGCACGAACCAAGCAGCAAAAGGAAGAAGAAAAACACGGCGCAUUCCCCAUCAAACGCGCAAACUAAAACCAGAACAGAACCCCACAACGCGCUAAGCAAUCCCGUCCCGUUUCUCCUUUUAACGCCCACCGACUCUCUCUACUUCUUCCUCCCAGAACUCCGAUCCGCUCCCAGAUCCCAAAUCGCCAUCGCCGAUGAACCCCUCCUCCUCCUCCUCCGCCUCGGCGGCGGACCACCCGCGUGACUCCAAGCCCGUGCCGCCACUGCCAUCCCCGGCGAUGGGCUACCCAGCCAACCACGACGCCAACAACACCACCCACGCCUACUACGCCGCCGCGCAGCCACCCAACGGCGGAGCAGCCGCGUUCGGCGUCGCGUACCCGUACCCAGCACCACCUCCCCACCACCACCCCCACCCCCCACCACCCCACCACCACCCUCCGCCGCCAUACCACCACCCGCACCCCUACCACCGCCCGCCCCCGCCCCCAACCUGCCUCCGCCGCCUCCUCGCCCUCAUCGUCGCCGCCUUCCUCCUCCUCGGCGCGGGCACCUUCAUCGUCUGGCUGCUCCUCCGCCCGCGGGCCCCCGCCUUCUCCCUCUCAACCCUCACCCUCUCCCACAUCACCUACUCCCGCCCCAACUCCUCCCUCUCCGCCUCCUUCGACGCAUCCCUCCUCACCGCCAACCCCAACGCCAAGCUCUCCGUCACCUACUUCUCCCUCCUCGCCUCCGCAUCCCUCGCCCCGUCCUCCCCCAUCGCCGUCACCCCGCUCCCGCCCUUCGCGCAGGGGCCGGGUAACACCACCGCGCUCGCCUUCCGCCUCCAGGCUGACGGCGCGUACGUGGGGCCCGACGAGGCCGCGCCGUUCCUGGCCGGUGCCGGCGCCGCGGGGGGUGGCACCAUGGAGGUCCAGCUCAGGCUCACGGGAGUGGCCGUGUUUGACCGGGGCGGGUGGCGCACACGCCGGAGGAUCCUCAGGGUGCUCUGCGAAGGCGUGCCCGUCACGUUCCGCGGGAAGAACGCCACCGAGGCGAAAUUCGAUGGCCCCGCCCGCCGCUGUGAAGUCCUCUUGUGAAGGAUCGCCAGUGGUUGUUGACUACUCCAGAUGUUGAUCCAAGGGAGGAUCUUCGAUGGGUACGAGAAGUUAACUGGCACUAAAGAAGCUGAUCAAGCACUGAUUCCUGGGUAAUAGCCGAGUAACUUAAGUUUACCUGGUUGUCGAUAGAAUCCGUGACAAGGAAGAGUAUGGAAUGAUUUAUGCUUAUCGUGUAGUAUACAGCUUUCCUCUGUCUUGGCUUCAACAUGAAUGGAUGUCGAAUAUAAUGAGUGGAUGCUGGAAAUGCUUGGCAAGAAUGAUUAUAUCUGGUUGUUAGUUUGCCUGAUGAGAGAAUGCGAUAGUGACAGAGCCUCAAGGGAUUGCCAUAGUCCAUACUUAAACUUGAAAACAACCUCUAGUCACUUCUAGGCGUGUGCUUGGUUUCAAUACUAGAUUGUGCUCGAGUUAUUCGUUCAUUUAUUCAGCUGCUCCGUAUUUUUUA